AUGUUCAUCAGAAAAAUUGAGUUUAGAAGUAAUAUGUUGCAGGAAUACAACCUUCUAAUAAACGGGAUCACUUUACUGAUUUCACUAAGUGGUCUCAUCUGCGAAGCUCAGUCUCCUAUCAAAAACAGGAUGAGUGCCACUAUAUCGGAAUAUGGGGAACAUUAUGUAUCAAAAAUACAUAAUAAUUAUAAACUCCUCAUUAUGGCACUGGGACCUGAUAUGAAUUUCACAAAGGAAGAAUGUGAUAUCAUGCUUCGCGAGUCGGAGAAAGAGCACCAAGUGAAGUGGGCACUCAAUUAUCUCAACGCUGCUAAAGAAACUUGGAAACUGGAAAGUGAACGGUUCAAUUCUAUUAUGAACAAUUAUACGGAUUUGAAUAAAUCCAUUGUACCAGACUUCUGUAUGACUAUGUUACAGCAAAGUAGUGCUAGAAACUGGAACGCGACUAUCCAAAGUAACAUAGCAUAUGGUUGUGGCGUCCUGAAGAAAUAUUCCCAGUUGAAAUGGGAAGCAAGAACACAAUUUGAUAAGCUGGCAAUUCGCUGGUUGGAUGGCUGGUUUAGAAACGGUCAAUCGCAAUACGUGGAGGAUAGAGGUUUCGAUUACCGUUUGAGAAAAGAAAAUGUCGAAUGUGCUGAGAGAGUGAUGAUGAUACAUCGAACUAAAGCCGAGAUAGAAUGCAUGUCAACUGCAGAACAAUAUUUGGAGUCACAGGGAGUGAAAGAUACCACGAACUCAAGAAACCUAAUUGAAAAAUUUGACAACAUUUACAAAAAUUUCAAUAUUUCACUAGUCGAGUUGAAGAGUAUAGUGCAAGACCUCGAAAAUCGCAGGCUUGAUUAUUUGCGAUUUGUGUCUCCUAUUGAGAGAGUCAUCAACGUUUUAAGUGCAAUGGAUACAGAGGUGGAUCACCAGUAUGGAGUCUACAAUUAA